UAUAAGGCAUCGCCCUCUUUUGCCCACCCCCCCAGCACCAGGUGUGGCCACUAGCCUAUAUGAAGGCCCAAAAUUGUGUGUUCCUUUCUGCUCUGACAAUGGCAUGCCCAUUCGUGCGAGAUGUGGUGGAUGAAGAAGCACUUGUGCUGAGGAGAGCCUUCAGGCGAGAAAGGGUCUUCAGGGACCGGUUGGACCCACUGGCCUUCCCUGAUGACCAUCUAUAUGAAAGAUACAGGUUUUCUGCAGAUGGCAUCAGGUAUCUAUGCAGACUACUGGGUCCCAGGAUUAUGCACCGCACUGCACGGAGCCAUGCACUGAGUGUGGAGCAAAUGGUUUGUGUGGCCUUGCGCUUUUUUGCUAGUGGAGCCUUCCUGUACUCAGUGGGGGAUGCAGAACAGCUGAACAAGGCCACAAUUUGCCGCACAAUAAGGAGUGUGUGUCUGGCUAUCAAAGCAUUAGCAGAUGUCUUCAUCUCCUUCCCUGGCCACAGAAGACUCUGUGACAUCAAAGAGGAGUUCUAUAGGAUUGCAGGUUUCCCCAAUGUCAUUGGUGCAGUGGACUGCACACACAUAAGGAUAAAAGCCCCCUCAGGUGCCCAUGAGGCCGAUUUUGUGAAUAGGAAAUCCUUUCACAGCAUUAAUGUUCAGAUGGUCUGCAAUGCUGACUGUGUGAUCAGCAAUGUUGUGGCAAAAUGGCCUGGCUCAGUCCAUGACUCCAGAAUCUUUCGGGCCUCUGAAAUCUAUCAGUGCCUAUCACAAGGUGAAUUCUCUGGUGUGUUGCUGGGAGACAGGGGGUAUGGCUGCCAGCCUUUUCUCCUGACACCUUUCACAGACCCCCAGGAAGCACAGCAGGCCUACAACCAUGCCCAUGCCAGGACCAGGGCCAGAGUUGAAAUGACCUUUGGCCUCCUGAAGGCACGCUUUCACUGCCUUCACAAAUUAAGGGUCAGCCCUGUUAGGGCAUGUGAUAUUACUGUGGCUUGUGCUGUCCUCCACAAUGUGGCCUGCCUGAGGAAGGAGAGGGCCCCCAGAGUGCCACCAGCCAUGGACUGGGACAAUCCGGCAAUUUUCCCUGAUGACGACAGUGGUCGGCUGCUGAGGGACCAAUAUGUGUUGAAUUAUUUUAGUUAG